GGCCGGUCUGCGGCCCGAAAGACACUGGGGCACCCUUUUUUUUCGCCCUUCUUCCUCGUUCGCAUCUUCCGCUGAACGCCCGUUGCCUCGACAACCCGCAUAGAGCCUCGCUGGAUCCGUCCUAGACGCUCUAUCCUCUCUCCGCUCAACGCUUCGACCCCACCGUCUCGCACGUAUCUUCGCCACCAUGUCCAAGAGGCAGAACAAGAAGGGAACUGUCAUGUCCCUGCAGGAGUUCAAUGCCGCCGAAGAGUAUGGCUCCUGGGCUGACGAUAUCGGAGACCUCCCCACCGCUCCCGCUGGAUACAACCAUGAUGAAUCCAGUGUUCGAGCUUACGGCGACAACUCUGGCGACCGCUCUGGCGACCGCUACAACGACCGUGGCAGCGACCGCUAUGGUGACCGCGGCAGCGACCGCUACGGUGACCGAUACGGCGACCGUCACGAGCGCGCUCCUCGCGGUCCCGUUACGCUCCCCACCCAUCCCCCGUUCUCUUGCUAUGUUGGCAACCUGUCCUUCAGUGUCAACGAGGAUGAUAUCGCCACCUUCUUUGGCAGAGAUGUUCACAUCAAGGAAACCCGGCUCAUCAAGGAUCGCGAUGGCCGACCCAAGGGAUUCGGAUAUGUCGAGUUCAGUGAUGUGCGAUCCAUGGAGCUGGCUCUGCAGCUGGAUGGCGAGUCCUUCGCUGGCCGCAAUAUCAAGAUCGACGUCUCGGACACUCCCAAGACGACUCGCGAAUCCCACGCCUCUGAUGGCGACUGGAGAGGCGCUCGCCCCGCUGCCCCGGCUCGUCCCCCCGCCGGAGGCUACGGCUCCCGCGAUGGAUAUGGCUCUCGCGACGGCUACGGCUCCCGUGACGGAUACGGCUCUCGUGACGGCUAUGGCUCCCGUGACGGCUAUGGCUCUCGUGACGGCUAUGGAGCUCGCCGUGAUGGAUUCGGUCGCGAUGGUGGCUUCAGCCGUGAUCGUGCCGCCGAGGCUUCUGCCGUUCGCAAGAAGCUGGAACUGAAGCCCCGCACUGUUCCUGUCGAGUCGAGUCAUGCUGAUGAUCACGACGCGGCUCCUGCUGCUCCUGCUGCUGCUGCCGCUCCGGCUGCUACUGCUCCAGCUGCCGCGGCCCCCGCCCCCGCCCACAAAAAGUCCAACCCUUUUGGCGAUGCCAAGCCCCGCGACGAAGCCGAAAUCCAGCGGCGUCUGGAGGAGCGCCAUCGCGAGAGGGAGCUCGAACGCCAGCAUGCCGAGGAGGAAGCUGCCCGCAAGAAGGAGGAAGAGGAGGCUGCCCGCAAGGCCGAAGAGGCCCACAAGGCUGAGGAGGCUCGCAAGGCUGAGGAGGCCCGCAAAGCCGAGGAAGCUCGCAAGGCUGAGGAGGCCCUCAAGGCCGAGGAGGAGCGAAAGAACGACGAGGACACUAGAUCGGAGGACCAUCACAGAAAACCUCGCGGACAUCGCGGACCCAAGGAACCCGAAGCGCCUUCGCGUGCCGACGAGACCAACUCGUGGAGACGCUCUGAUGCCGCUGGAUCGGUGCAGCCUCGCAGCAACCCUCGCAGUCCUUCUCGCGGCGGACGCCCUGGAUCGGCUGGCCGCGGCGGCUACGCCCAGAAGACUUGGAGAGAUCACAACCAGAGCCACAACCACGGUCACGGUGCCAAGCGCGAGGAGCGAAAACCUGCAGGCCCCCCCAAGGCCUCGGAUGUUUUUGGUGAGAAGACUGAGGUCAAGGACAAGAACGCCUUUGAUUUGCUCGGAGAGGCGAAUGAAUAAGUUAAUGUAAUAUCGGCGCUCUGGACGGAUAAGCCCCCAACACCCACAAUCCAUCGAUGGUUGUGGCCUUUAGACGGAUCGAUGUCGCACCCGCUCACCCUCUCUCUCACUCUCUCCGCACAUUCACUUUACUUCAACUUUUGCUGUUUUUCCCCCCCCCUUCAUGCCUGUGCACUGUCUUGACGCCGGUCGGAUAGAUGCGCCUUUUAUUGACCCUGCUGCACACGGACUGUGGUGUGCGCUGCUGACGGACCCUCUGAGAUUAUAUUCCGAAUGGCCUUGGAAUGCUCAAAUU